AUGGAUAGUAUUUUUAGUUUUUGCUUUUAUUCGCGCUUCACUUUUCCUUUUUUCUUUCUUUUUCUUGUUUUUCUUGUUUAUUGGUUGUUCUUUUUUGCUUCUUUUUCAUUCUUUACUUUUUCAUUUUUUGUUACUUUUUCCACCUUUUUUUACGUUUUAUCUUCUCACUUCUUCCUUCCGUUCUGCAUUUUGAAUUUUCUAUUUUUCUUUUCUUUCUUUCACUUUAUAUUUCUUGAAAUUUAUUUCUUAUUUCUUUCCAAUUAUACGCGUAUAUUUUCCUUUUCAAAUUUUCCUUUGUUCUUUCUUUGUUUCUUUCUUUCUUUUUUCAUUCGUUCUCUUUCCUGUUACAGUUCUUAUUCAUUUUCAAUUCUUUCUUUCUUGCUUGCUUACUUUAAGUUUAUUUUAGUUUCAUAUUUACUUCUUUCUAAUUCUCCCUAUCGUAUAUUUUCUUUUCUCACGUCUUUUGCUUUUUUUCGUUUGACUUCUCUUUCUUUUUUUUAUUUUAUAUUUCUAUUCCCCACUUUUGUACGUUUCUCUUCUCACUUCUUUUUUUCUUCCGUUUUACCAUUUCAUUUUGCCUUUUCUUUUCAUUUCUUUAUUUUCGAUUUCUUACCCUUUUUUUUUUCUUUCUAUUUGUUUCUCAUUUCUUUCCAAUUCUUUCAUGGUUAUUUUUUCUAUUUCUGGCUUCUUUCUUUCUUUAACUUAAAUGUAAUAAUUGCCGAACAACUUAUACACGAAAAUGCUCCUAGACACCCAGUCCUUCUGCUUGUAGUGCUCAAAGACAGCACGACAGCCCCAGAGAUACAGAAAGCAACAGCAUUUUCUAACGCAGUCUUACAUAUACACGAAGGGCUCAAUGAUAUUGAGGUCCAAACAGAGACUCCAUCCACUGUUCUCUCUCGCUCUCUCUCUCUUCCACAAUCUCUCUCUCUCACACACACACACACACACUCAGAUUCUUUCUCGUUCUCUUCCCCGGCAAGCUUCCCCUCCCACACACACUCUCUCAUUCCUUUCUCACCCUCCAACACACAUUUUCUUUCCUUCCCUCCCACACACACGCUCUCCCCUAUACACAUUAUCUUUCCCUCCACUUCCCUCUCCCACACAUCCUCUUCCCCAUUCUCACCUCCAUACACUAUCUCUCUAACCCAUAAAAAACACACUCACUUACACACACUCUCUCUCUCCCACAUAGAGCCUCUCCUUCUCCUCUCUCUUUCUCUCUACGAGUCUCUCUCAGAUUCUCUCUCCACCGACACUCUCUCUUACCCCUCUUUCCCACAAUUUCACUCUCUUUCUCUCUUUCUCUCUCUCUCUUUCUACAACGCACAAACAAACACAUUUUCACUCUCUAUUUCAUACACAUAA